AUAUAUUUUUUGUCAUUUUGAGGUGGCUAGGUCAAGUGUUUUGUCACAGUGAUGAAAUUCUGACUCUGAUUUCAUAGUAAAUGGAACUGAAAAUUUAUCCACCUGCCUAUUUUGCAUCUGAAAUGACUCCACAGGAAAAUGCCCCCAGUUGGGCUUUCUUCAUAUUUGUGUAAAGAUGCCUCAGCAGGCGUUAAUACUUAGGAUCCUAGUGUAAGCACAGAGUGGAAUAUCAAUCAUAACUCUGUGCUCCCUGUGCCAGGCUCUGACUUUCUCUCCUACAAAGGUGGAGAGGGUACUUGGCUUUUUGUGUAUGAUGCAAACACCUUGUUGAUGACAGGAUUUUUGCCAAGCCCCUGGGGCUGCUUUCCUUGUGUCUCUGCAGGUUGCAGCUCUGUGGCCCCAGACUCAGGAGACAUGAACUUUGGCACCAUGAGAGGCAUCCUUGUUGCUGGUGUCAUCAUGGCACUGGCCAUUGCAGCUGUAGAAUCCCUAAAUUGUAACCAGUGUGAUUCAGCAACAAACUCCUGUGUCAACGUCAGUGAGUCUGAGUGUCCACAAAAUUCUGAGAGCUGCAUUCGUUCUUUGACCAGCUCUGUUCUGGGAAACACCACCAUGUCCAACCAGAAAAUGUCCUGCUCAGCCAGCAACUGCACUGGGCACAAUGACACCUUGGUGGCUUUCACUGUCCAGGUGUCUGAUGGGGAGUUCUUCCGUUUUGAAGGCCAGUGCUGCCAAGGAAAGAACUGCAAUGAUACCAGCAAUGAUCCAGCCACUCCAGAUGCGUCCAGAAACACAGAGUGCCCUGCUUGUUACGGAUACAACAUAACGUCUUGUACUGAGAAAACCCAGAAAUGCAAUAAAGAAGAGCGAUGUGUCUCUCUAACUGCAGACAUCACCAAUGGAACUCACUCUAUGCUUUUGGUGAAAGGGUGUUCCAACAUCAGUAACUCUACCUGUCAGUUCCUGGCUGCUGAAAACCAGACUGUUGGAGAUGUCUUCUUCUUAAAGGUUGAAUGUACAGAAGCCGCUAUCAGCCCCACCCCCAAGCCCACCAGCUCCAGCCCAGGCCUCACUGUCUCCAUGGCUCUCCUGUCUUUUGCCAGUCUCUUUCUGCUUCUUCUGCUGCUCUGAAGUCUGGGACCUCUGCCCUGUGCCCAGUACCUGUGGGACGCCACUGCCUAUUUGUUCUGGUUCUCCUGGUUUAUUGCUCAGUG